AGGGCACAAAACAUCUCCUUCGCCCCGGCGAGCCAACUCUCCACGCCGCGGAAGACUUCCCUGGCCGAGGCGCACACACGCUGAAAUUCCCCAGUGCAGUGAUAAGUGACUUGUGUGAGCCGUGAAAAUAAAUGAAAGUGCAUCGAUUGGGCAUUGUUGGACGCUUUUGUGGCAAGAAGCGCAUUAAAUUGAUGGAUAGAGCACCAAAUGACUAGAAAUUCAUCUUAUAUGGCGCUCUCAUUCAUUCGCCUCUUUGCUGUGUUUACAUUUGGAUUAUUCCUCGCCAAUGGAUCACUAUCAGUGUCGUCCUUUAUCAACAAAGAUGGACCGGGCCCCAGAUUAAGCUUCGCCCGGGAGCCGCCAUCCUCUGGUAUUGUCUCGAGAAAAGCGCCUCUGCUUCUGCCAUGCACUGUGAACUUCACACGUGUUUUUUCUUACGUCGGCGAAGAUAUCAACUAUGACGGCGAUGAGGAAGAUUAUGACAAUACUAAUGAUGAGGAUGAAGACCUAAAUACUAAUAAUUACGAGGAUAAUCCAAAUGUCUUGCUAUCUCACGUGAAUUCAGAGGAUUUUCCGAAAUCUACUGACGACUCGAGUGUAAUAAAUGAUGAGGACAAUGAUGCGAAAGAGGACACUGAUGAUGAUUUUGAUGUAUUUCGCUUUCGUCGUCAAAUUUCCGUCCCAUCAUUUUCCUAUACGUGGUAUCGCAAUGGUGAACCUGUUGUGGAGGAAAAUCACAUUUUCCGCAUCUUUCCCAAUGGGACACUCAAGAUUUUCUACUCAGACCAUGCAAAUGGCAACUAUCGAUGUUUGGUCAAUGAUACAAAAUCAAUUUAUGGCGCUAUUAUAUCUCGGGAGAGUAAAAUUUAUAGGACAGAGUUUCAACGUGGGAGUAAUGAAUCGAGCAUAUUGGUGGAGACUGGGAGUCCUUUAGUAUUAAAUUGUCCGUUUAGCAGCACCCCAAGGGCCAAUGUGACGUGGACGUUCAAGUUGAAGACCAUUCCUCCGUCCGCAGGAGAUGCAGAGUAUCAGAGAGAUAACAGAUUCUUUCAGCUGCAGAAUGGCAGUUUGCUCGUGGUGAAUGCUAAGAGCACAGAUAGUGGCAAAUACAAGUGUAUCGCGAAGAAUGAGUAUUUGCAGAAAUCCGAGAGGAUUUUCAUGCCACAAGUCACAGUGAUGUCUUCAAGGACCAAUCGCCAUGGAUUGUUUCCGGCACUGCAAGAAGUGGAGCAAAAGAUAAUGAGUGGUGACACAUUGCAGCUCUUCUGUGUCUCAUUUGGGGGCGAAACUGUUGAAUGGAGUUUCACGCCAAGUACAUCAUCAAUACCGAUAAAAUUGAGUGGUGUUAAAUACGAAUUGAAGUACACAAAUGUCUCACGAGAACGUCACGAAGGAGUUUACAACUGCUCCACUGCGGCAUCUUAUCAGUUGUACAACGUCAUUGUUCUCAGUGAGCCAAGAUUUCUGCAGAACAUGUCCUCGGUGGCCACAAUUAUGGGGGCCACAGUGGCGCUUCCGUGUGUCGCCAGUGGAAAUCCACCGCCGGUGAUAACGUGGUAUCACAACGGAAGACUCCUCAAGAAUACUCAUGCCAUUCACCAUGAAGAGCAGCAGCUGAAGCUGAACUCAAUUGAUCCGGAAGAUGAGGGGAUUUAUCAGUGUUUUGCGAAGAAUGACGCUGGUGAGAUUCAAAUGUCGGCUAAUUUGUCGCUGAGGAAGAGGCGGAAAUUGUCACGGUUGAACAAUGUGAAAUGCUAUCCCGUCAACUACACCACAGUUCGUGUACAAUUUGACUCACUUGAGCCUAUUCAUGUGGUGAGCUACUACUUGGCCACGGAGGAUCCCUACACGUGGCUGUCGCCGGGUCCGCUGGAGAUUCAGCGCAACAACACCAUCAUCAUUGCCGGCAAGAUGCGACCCUUGAAGCCCUACACGCUGUACAUGAGGGGCCUGAAGAGGGAUCACACGGAGACAAUUGGGAGGGAUGUGAAGGCGCACAUGGUGAUGGGCAGUCUCACGAAGGGCAUCAAAUGUGCCACGCAAGGAUUGGAAAUUUUCUCAACACCAUUUCCCAGUGGAAUCUUUAUUUGGUGGCCUCACGUGAAGGAUCUCCCAAUUGAGUCAUUUAGGAUUCAAUUUCGUCACCGCGACAUGAAGAAUCCCAUUGUCUUCUCGGACCAGAUCAUCGGCACCACGUGUGAAUUGAAUGAAUAUCGAACGUGGCAGGAGAUUGAGGGCAAUCUGACGAAGAUAUCGGCUGAGACGAGCAUCGUCACGAUGCCACUGUUGAGGCGAGAUUUGCGAUCACUCAAGGAGACAUCGCAAAUGCUGGAUUCCACGGAGAAUUUGAAUGUGUCAGGCGAUGAUGGCGAUGGUGGGAGUACAACACAAGUUCCCACCAGUAAAUUCUUCAAUGUGGCCCACAAUGAAACGAGGACGGAACUUUUAAUCCCGGGAAAUGUGACCGGAAUCCUCAUACCAAAUUCCAGUAAGAUUGAAGUGAGGGUUUUGGGUGCGACACCAGAUAAUCCCAUUGAUGAGCAGGAUUUGGACUAUAUCCCAUGGAAGAUGAUUGAAAAUUCACCGAACGGUGUUUCGCAACUCCGGGUGAAUUCUGUCACUACCACAACUGUUCAGCUCUCGUGGAACUCCUUUGGAGCCAAGACUGUCAAUUCAUGCCUCAAACUCUGCUUCAGGAACGUGAAUGUGGAUGUGGUUUUCCGCGGUGGCAGAGCUGAUGAGUGUAAAGCAAUCAAUGCAAAUCGAUCGUCAGUGGAGGUGAAAUCAUUACCGCCAUUCACAAAGUAUCGAAUGUACUUGAGAAAUUGCAAUUCCACGCAACCAAUCACCGAUGUCAUUGUUGUGCAGACACAUCAAGAUGUUCCUGGUCCAAUUACCAAACACCAUCUCACGUAUGAUGACGGCAUAACACUCCAUUGGAGUCCACCCGUGAAUAUCAAUGGUGAACUUCAGUAUUACUCAAUUGUGUGGAAUAAGGAGCAAAUGGAGAUGUCGGCAAAUGUGAGCAUCAAUGAGAAUGCCUUUAAGUUGCCGAAUGUGACGAGCAGCGAGAGGGUGAAUAUAACAAUUCGCGCUGUUGGAAGUGCAGGAAUUGGUAUUCCGAUUUAUAUGAAUCUCAAGGGUGUUGAACAGGUGGUUGGAAGUGGUGAAGAGAGUUCGAAACAGGCAAAGAUUUUGGGGAUUAUAAUAGGGAUUGUGUUGUCAUUUGUGUGCAUCUCGAUUUUCUUCCUCAUUUUCUUAAAGUUCAGAAGUUGCACAAAGAGUCGUCAGAAUGCGAUGAAUCACAAUCAAAAUCUGGCAUACGAUCAGUCACUUCAUCCCUGCAAUAGGGACAAUCAUGAGAUGCAGACACUCAUUCCGCACACGGGAUUGACGACAACACCGUUCGUGAGUACGCCGAAUGGCAAUGCGAAGCACGUGAUCCUGGAUAGCUUCACGGGAAGUGAGUCUAGGCGGGAGAAUGGACAGCAGAUUGCCCUGAAUUCGUCCCCGCGGAUCGACAGGGGUGUGAAGAGUCGAUGUGAGGGUGAGGGUGAGGAGGAGAGCAGUGGCAAUGGGAGUAGCAAGUCAGAGAACACUCUGAGGGUGGAUGAUUGCUGUGACGUUGCUGUGAAGACGGAGGGCAUGAAUGGUAAUGGGAGCUUAAGCCAUAUGAAUGGAGCUGUAAAGACGCUGAAUAUCACACCUCAACAUUCCACAACACCACCGAAUCAGCAGAUUCCCAUUAACAACAAUGUGCAUGAGACAACAGUUGACUCUGUUGAGUUCAAUGAUGACAGUCAACAGCAACUUUUGGUGCAUUCAACACCAAAAUUGGCGAAAACAGUUCCGAAUUGCAUCGAUAUCAAAUAUCACAAUGGCUCAAGUGAUAUUCGAUCUGCGCAUCACAAUGGCAUUCCAAAGUGUGAUGACACCUUCAAUUGGAUUGUCAACAGUGUGGCGAGUGGGAAGAAGAGUCAUCAUCAGAACAACGAGAGCGCCUAUCGAAGACCAAUUGUUGGACCAAAUGGAUAAAGGAGAUCAAAAAGAGAGAGAAAGGAAAAGAGGAAGAAGGAAUUGAUCGCCAUAGCCGGGAAGGUUAAGUAACAAACACACUCCAUUUUCACCAGCUCUCCCUCAUGUGCCACAAAACUCCCCUGCGCCCCUGGAAAUCUACACAAAAAAAAAUUAUCGCAGUUCUUCGUUAGGGUUGUGAUCAUGAUCUUCGGAUCUGCCUGAAGAUCAUCACCGUCAAAGGAAAAAAAAAACAAAGGAGUGCGAUCACAUGACUAUGAAAAUUGAAAAACAACAAAAAGAUCUUAUUUUGGCUGAAAUGAAACACCCUUAAAAUUUGUCCUUUUGGCAUAUUUCUUCGUUUAGGAUAUGUAUUUAUUACUUUUUUUUUAUUGACUUGUGAUCUAGUGAAGAUCAUGAUCUUAACAUUCUUUUGCCAAACACAUCGACUAAAAUGGAAAGAAAGAGAGAAAAGGAGUAAAAAGGAGGCUAAAAAUAUUGAGAUUGAUCACAAUUUUACACAAUUAUUUUUGUUCAUCUCCUAAUAAAGAGAAAGUGUGUGAACAGUGAAAAGUGAAAACACUUCAAAAAAAAAUAUAUAUAAAAGAAGAUCAAAGAAAAUGAGAAAGAUAUUAAAACUGUUGUGUAAAUUUUCACGUGAUUGUGUGAAAAAAUUGGUGGAGACGAACCAAUUGGAGAAAAAUGUGUGAAAAACUCUGUAGUAAUGAUUUUUCUUUUUUUUUAAAUAAUGUAAGAAAGGUAUUUUUGGAAUUAUGUUUGUCGGUAAGAUUUGAUAAAACAAACUACUAUCGAAUGAUUGCAAAGUAAGGAAAGAAAAAAAAAAAUUAAUUCUUUUUAGUGACGAAUUAAAAAGGUGGUAGAAAGAAAUCUCAUGUAAGUUAUUGGAUAUAAUUUUUUUUUCUAUAUAUAUUUCGUAUAAAUUCUUAUUAUAUAAAUGAGAGGAAAAAAAUCAUAAAUAUCAAUAAAAAAAAAUUACAAUUUCGCUCAAUUUGAUGAGAAAAAGUGUGGAAAAUUAGGAGUAUAUUUUAAAAAAGAACUUUUUACCUUUAGAUUUUGGAUACAUUUUGUCGUACUUUUUAUUACUAUUUUUUCUUUGUGCUGGAAGCAAGAGUAGUGAGAGAUACUUUUUUUCAUAAGAUAGACAGAUAGAGAGAGAGAGAAAGAGGGAGUAAGAUUUUUUCAAAGGGGCUACUAAGGGAGAUGAGAAGUUAGAGAUACGUAUAUAUGUUAAUAAUUACCGUUAGUUCUUGUACCUGAUUACAUCAUAUAGAUAUUUUUAAAAUAAAAACAUAUAUUGCAAAACAUUGAGUAUAAAAACAUAGAUAUUGAAAUAACAACAGAACACAACACACACAGAACAAGAUUUGAAAGCGAUGCACAGAGAAAGGUGUUUCACAAAAGGGGUUCUUUUACACUCUCAUCAUUGCAGAAGCAUGAAAAAUAUUUAUGGUUUAAAUAACUUUCAGAGGGAAGGAAAAAAAAGAGAAAACUUUCAACAGCUUUUUGAGUUGAUGUUUUGAAUGUGAAUUGGUCCAUUGAUAACGAAGUAAUUGGCACUAAUAAACUUACACAAACAAGAAACUUACACUUGAAUAAAAAAAAUUGGCAAAAAAUACGAAAUGAGAUAAAUAAAAUUUUUAACUUCAAAAUUAAAGAAAAUAUUAAAAACUUUUUACUUAUGGGACGAAAUUAGGUCAAAUCUAACGGCAAAAAAAGAAUAUUUUAUUGUGCCUUGAAUGUACAAAAAAAAAGAACAAAACAAAGAAAAAAAACAAUGUUUGAACAAAAGAGAUAAAAAAAAAGAAAUUUGAAAGAACAGAACUUUUUUGAGAGAGAAAAAAAAAACAUUAAAAUUACUAAUUAACCAGUUGAUGCAAGAAAUGUUAUUUGAAGAGAUUGAAGAAACCAAGAUUGAGAAAAAGUGACAAUUGAGAGAAAAUGGACGAAGGAUGAUGGAAAACAGAUUUAUAAUAAUAUUGAGGAUUUAUUGAAUGGGCACGAAAAGAAGAAAAUGUUGUAUAAUGUAGAUGAUCUUAUGCAAAAUGGGGAUAAUUGAGAGAACAAAAAAUACUAUAAAAUUUAUCUAAACUUUCUGUCAUUGUGUAAUAUUUGUGGACAAAUUUAUUGAGUGUGUCUUUUUCUUAAGUACGUAUUUUUUACUUUUCAUAUGUUUAGCUAUUUUCCCCCGAAAAAAAAAUUGGUGGUAAUCAAAAAAAGGAAAAAGCCAGGAGAUGAGGAUGAACUUUUGGAAACAAGUACAAAAUUUUGGAUUUUUUCUUUUAAAUAUAUAAUGAAUGAUGAAGAGAAGGGAAAAAAGGAAAUUUCACGGUUAAAAUAAAAUCACACAGUGCCAAUGUCCAUGAUAAAACCCAGAUAAACCCGGAGUUUAGCCACAAUAGAGCAUUUUGUAAGACAGUUGAUUUAUGUUGAAAAAGCAAAGAGAACACAUGAAGAAUCAGAUUAAAACAAUUAAACAUAGGAAAUAUAGACAUAAAAGUGCAAUAGACAGCUUUAAGCUUUUCCCAACCAACAUUUAUUCGCAACACACAAACUUCAACCACUUUAUUUCCAACCAAAUGAUUUUCAUUCCUUUUUAUAUACACAGCAAACAUGUGCAUUUUCACUGAACGAUGAUGAUUGUUAGAUUAAUUUUCUUCGAUUUUCCAUGAAAAAAAAUUUGCUCAAGAAUACGUACUUUUAUUGGGACUGAAAAUUUCUUGAUUUUUUUUUCACUAUAU